AUGAAAGUGCAAAGACUUGAUGAUUCAGUAAUCAAUCAAAUCAAGUACCAUCUCCACUUCAACACCAUUGACUCCAUUGUCGAAACAAUCUUACAACGAUGUUCCUCGUUGAAAGCAUCAACAAUUACCAUCAAGAUUGAUUUACAAGCAGUUGCUGUAUUUAUUCAAAGCAAUGAUGUUGGAUACACACCCAAUGAGCUAGAGGAGCUUGCUGUAGGUGGAAAUUUUGGCGGACUUGAAGUCGUAUCAAAUAUCAAAGUGAUUUCCAAGUUCAAGGAGUUUAAGUGUCCAUAUACAAUCACGGUUGGAAGAUCCCCCAUUGCACAAUUGUGCGAUGAACCUGAUUCCAAAAAUAGUUACUGUAAGCCUGAACCUAUAGGAAAACACGGUACAAUAUAUAUGGUAUCCAACAUAUUUAGUAACUUGCCAGUGAGACAGGCUCAGCUUAAAUCGACCCCCAUGUAUAAGGUUAUAAACAAUGUCAAGUUGGCUUUAUUGCAAGUGCUAUACAAGAGGAGCCAAAUCCAAGUCAGUUUACAGUUGUAUAAUCCCCAAAAAUUCCAAUUUGAAGAGAUGUCAACAACAAAUGCCGCGUCACACACCAAAUUGUUGCAAGAUUUGUUUGAAAUUGAUGUCCAGUUCAAACCAGUCAAGGCUACGUUCAAAACAUAUCAAAUUGAAGGUAUUAUUGGCCUCCAAAGAAUAAACACCAGAAAUCAUCAAUUUGUUUUCGUAAACAACAAGUUGAUGACGUUAACGAGAACCGAGAUUGCUGGAUUCUCUGACGUCUUUGAAAAUUUUGGUGAUUUAGAUCCAAGUCCAAAAAAGAAAAUGUUGCGGAAAUACCCCACUUAUUUGAUAUCAAUAACAUGUGAUAAAGAUGUAACUGAGUGUUCUUACUCAUGGAGAGUUAUACUUGAUAUAUUGAAACGGAUUUUCAUCAAAUUUGUGCGUUUGGGACAACUGAAACAAUCAACAAAUGAAGUUGAUGACAACAAUGAGUUUCAACUCCUGCCUAGUCCCAAGAGAGCCAAAACUGACAAGUUUAUAUUAAACACAAAUGUUCGAUGGGGAGAUGUCAAUAGGAGAGAGAUUGAAGGUAUGGUUAGUUGUGGGAAAUCACUGUCCCUGAAGCCGCAAGUACAGCCACCAACCACUAAAAUAGCCCACGAUUGUUGCCAUCACCAUCAACCAGAAUGUGAACUGAACGAAUACGAACAUAUCCAGUUUGACAAACUACAUCUUACAAAAUACCGAAUAAUCAAACAAAUUGACAAGAAAUUUAUCCUCUUGAUUAUUAAUUCAAAACUAGUUAUCUUGGACCAACAUGCAGCGGAUGAAAGAGUUAAAGUGGAACAAUUGAUGCGAGAGUUUGUCUACAACAUGCCGCGCAAUUUACGGCUUGUGCAACCACUACGUAUUAAGGUAUCCUCAAGUGAGCACCUUUUAUUGCAACAAUAUCUUGCUCAAUUCAAAUCAUUAGGUAUAAUUUACUAUUUAGGUAAAGAAAAGAAGGAUAAUGACUUAAUAAUCACCAACGUGCCAGAACUUCUCAUCCCCAGUUGCAAUGAUGGCCCAUUCAUAAAGAGCUUAUUAAUGCAGCAUUGUUUUGAUUUACAAAACAACAUUAAGAAUCAAAUCGUUAAUGCCACAAUUGCCAAUGAUGGUGAUUGGCUCAUCGUUAUGCAUCACACACCGCAGUUUAUCAUCAAUAUGAUCAAUUCACGAGCUUGUCGAUCAGCAAUCAUGUUUGGUGAUGAGUUAACCAUGCAAGAAAUGCAUCAGUUGAUUGAUGACUUGAGUAAAUGUAAAUUACCCUUCCAAUGUGCUCAUGGUAGACCAUCGAUAGUUCCAUUAGUUAAUCUACGUAAUAAUGAGUAA